AACGUUGCUUAACAUAUGCAGACACAUCGCAGCGCCUCCAGUGGCGGCUUUGCGCCAAACUAUCAUCUGAUCAAUACUUCAAUACUCGAGUAUUAUUACCAGAUCUGUAUACUAGAUGCAUUAAACGAUUAUGACAAGCAAAAAACUCCUGAAAUCCCUAAACCCUUAGAAGAGUACAUCAAUCAUCUGGCAAAGACUGGUGAGACACUGUUUCCCUGGCCCAAAAUCAGAGGUGUUCUCCGACAUAAGUUGGAGUUAGUCAUUGCCAAUUUUAAAGAAGUGUGUCCAACAGAAAACUUGCCCCCAUGCCCCAAUGUGGAACCUUUUAAAUUUGAGAUAGUGAGGGAUAAAAUUCUUCAACAAUUUGACAGCUUCACCUGUGCUCCCUUUACAAUACAGCGAUUAUGUGAACUCUUGUGUGCCCCACGAAAGCACUACAAGAGAACAGACAAGUUCAUGCGCGGCAUAGAGAAGAACCUUUUAGUUGUUACCACAGUAGACCCAGAGCAAAGGAAACGAUCCGAAUCCGUAUCUUCUUCUCAAACGUUAGUUAAUGGCGUUGUAGAUAUCAGCGUCGGCUCCAGUCGACCACUUGCCACCUUCGGUGCCAAGAACGAUUCAAGACCGGUUUCGGCUGCAUUAGACGCGACAUCAGUUUCAGACGCCGACUCUGGCAUUUCAGACACAGAAGACGAGGACAAACCUUCAGCCAAGCAAUCAACCUCGAUCAACGUACCUGAGGCUGACCAUCAAGAGCCGAGCGAAGCUAAAGAAACUACAACUGGUGCAGCAGAUGAUAGCGAAGAAACCAAACCGUCGUCGAAAACAGAAACGUUGUCUUCUGGUCCUGCCGAAUCACUAGCUGCAACCGUUACCAUGACAAGGGAGCAGUCUCCCACCAUCCAGAUGUCUGAAGAUGUCAUAGUGGCAGUUUCAGCACCGAUUGAAGCGGACAAAGUGGAGAAAGUGUUAGCAUCGUCCAUUGAAGAGGAGUGUGCCAAGAGCAUUGAUGUUGAGAGUGUGGCUUCAGAAGAGAAGCCAGUAGAAAUGGAAGAAGAGAAACUAGUUACUAAUGUCGAACCAGGUACAAAAGAAGAGGACGAGAGAAUAGCAGUCGAACCAUUACAAGAACCUCAAGAGAGUGGUUUGACGACAGAUGCAGAGGUCAAACACUCAUUACCGCCUAGUGAAUCAACGGAAACGCCAGUCAGUGAUAAAAAACGGCCACUGGAGAAAACCGUUGGUGGGGAAGAAGAUGACGACAGUGAACACAGUCCUGACGCCAAACAGCCGAGGAUUUUCAGUCCUGAUAAGGUGAUAGAAGAAACUCCCUUGCCGGAACAGAAGAACGAGCCCGACAUUCACGUUGACGAAGAACAAGUCGCCGUGACCAAGUCACAGGAAACAGCUGAAAAAGCACCAGAAACGGAUCCUACACUUCCCACAAUGGAAAGCCAAUAAUUAUCAACAACAAAUUUAAAUGGAAACUUAUUUUCACGUGCUCACAUUCUCGGAUUUGUUUUUGUUUUUUUUUCCUUCCUUCAUCAUCUACUUGCUGCUCGGUCUCUCGUUAUUUUGUGUCACGAGUGGAACAGACCAACGUGCCCUCCUAUUCCGCCACCACCAAUCCUGUUUUCUUCCAAAUUACUUUUUUUUUUUUAAAGGGGAUUUUGAUGUCGUAAUUGAUCCACGCUCUGACUCGAUCGCAUCCGGCUACGUUCUGCGGGCCGCCCACUGCUCCUUGUCCUGUCUCUUAUCAUCUGUCUUUUUCUUUCUUUUUUUUUUUUUUUUUUUAAAUCUCUAGCGUUGAGUUCAUUUUUUACAAAUCAAUAAAAGAAAAGUCUCACUGAA